AUGUCUCUUACUAAUCUUCCUCUCGAACUUAUUCAUCGAAUUUUCGAUUAUUGUGAUAUAUUAACGAUACUUUCUGUUCGUGUUACCAGUAAAUACUUAUACUUGGCUGCUAAUGCCUUUGAUCGAUAUGACCUCGACAAUAAUUAUGCGUCAGAAAAUACAUUAUCAUUAAUUACUCGUUUUAUUCGACUGCAAAACUUUGUUUCACUGAAUCUGUCCAGUGGUUAUGUGACAGAUGACUCGUUUACUGAACUGAUGUCACAUAUCGAUAUUCGUCAGUUAAUUCGACUUCGUUCAUUAACUCUUUCUAAUCUAAGCGAUGUGAAAUUGAAGCAAAUUUUAUCCAUGGUAAAUUCAGAAUCUCUUCUCUCACUUUCUAUUCAGUUUGAUGUGAAGAAAUAUAGUGGAGUAUUUAAUAUUUUGUCAUCAGCGAUUACGCGACUUAUUGCAUUACAAAGGCUUCAUUUAAAUACGGUUGGCUAUAAGGAAAUGCAGAUAGCAUGGCCCACUAACUGUAGUUUGAAAUAUGCGAUUAUCGAUACCUGCACGUACAAUCAAUAUCGAGUUAUGAUUCAUAGCCUACCCCAUUUAGAAAGUGUUUCUAUAGAGGAUUGCACUUUAAACGAGUACAAUGGGAAAACUCUAUUAUUAUCUGCGCCUACGUUACAUCCAUCAUUGAAGUCUCUAACUAUGGCCAAAAGUAGACUUCCUGCAGAGUAUAUUCAACGUCUACUUUCAGAAACACCCAAUCUUGUCAAUCUAACACUGAUUUCACAUAAACGACAAUUUGAUUCCCUUUUCGAUGGUGCUUAUUGGGAAAAUUUUAUCCAAAUGAAGUUACCUUUGCUGGCUAAAUUCGAAUUUUUCUUCGAAAGUUGUCUAAGCAAAGUAGAAUGUGACUAUAAAGGCGACUACCAUUACAAAGAAAAGGACGAAAAUUAUACUCAUACUAGCCUCAGCUCACUUAUUCUUCCAUUUCGAACACCAUUCUGGCUCGAUGAAAAACGCUGGUUUGUUACUUGUGAUUUUCUGAUAGAGUCUGCAGAUUUAAGAAUCUGUACCGUUCCUGUCAUUGUUGUUGAUAAGUGGCAGUGCUACAGAUGUGAGUUGUCUCCGUUCGAUGAUAAACCUCGUAUUACUGAACGAUUAGUCAAUGAAGCCAUCGGCACUUCUACAGAUAAGGUACUCACCACACUCAAGUUUGAAAAUUGUGGAAUCAAUAGUAUACGAAUAGGAUAUCUUGCCGAUGUUUUACGACAUGAUAAAACAAUUACCAACUUGAAUCUCAAAAAUAAUACAAUAGGACCAAAAGGAAUUCAAUAUAUUGCCGAAGCUUUACAACAGAACAAGACACUUACUACACUGAAUCUUCAGCAAAACUGCAUCGGAACCAAUGGGGCACCAUAUAUUUGCGAUAUUCUCCAGCACAAUACAACACUCACGAGACUGAAUAUUGGCAUGAGCGGCAUCGGAGUUGAUAAAAUGAUAGAAAUCUUUAAUGCAUUACAAGCUAAUACAGUAGUCAAGCCUCUCUCGCUAUCUCGCUCAUAUUCAUGUUCUUUGCCAUAUAAAGACACUCAAAGCAAUUGA